GUCUCCAUUUCGUUCAGCUCGAGCGCGACAGCCAUGGCUUCCCACCACCCGCCGCCGCCGCCGCCGCCGGAAUACCGUAGACCACCCGCUCGAACCACCAUAAGCUCCCUCGGCGACGACCAGCUCCGAGAGAUCUUCCUCCGCCUCCCGGACCUCCGCAGCCUCGGCUAUGCCGCCUUCACCUGCCGCGCCUUUCUCGGCGCCGUCCGCUCGUCGCGCGCCUUCCGCCGCCGCUUCCGCGAGCUCCACGCACCCCCGCUCCUCGCUCUCUUCCUCACACCCUGCAUGCACACCGUACCAGCCUUCCCCUCCUCACGGCGCCCCUCCGCCGGAUUCAGUCCCCUCAGAGACCACGUCGCCGCUUCCGAUUCCGAGUGGGGACUCGAUUUCCGCGACAUUGCCUAUGACGACGGCUUCAUUUGCAUCGAAAACCGGAGCACAAAGCAGCAAGCUUUGUACAAUCCCCAAACAGCUGCCCUGAUUCUCCGCCCCAAGGAGGACCACGACAUGCCCUACGGCAGCUCCCUUGAGUUCCACACACUCUCCCCCGGAGAGGAUCAGAGGCCGUCCCGUGUGGUCUGUGUCCGCCACGACUACUCAUGGGCUUGGGUACGCGUCGCCGUCCUCUCAUCCGACACCAUGGAGUGGCAGAUCUUACCGGAUACUGCGACGCCGCUGCCCGAGGGCUCCAGGCACGCAGACAGCACGGUGGUGGAUGGGUUUAUCUGUUGGGAAUUCGUGUCCCUGAACGAGGUAUCUCUCAGCGAGUACAUUUUGGUGCUCAACACGGAUACCUUUCAGUUCUCUCGAAUUGAUCUGCCUCCGCCCUUGAGAGUGGUAUACCCAAAAUUUAAGAUUGGUCAGACCAAGGAUCGGAACCUCUGUAUCGUCAUUGAGAAGGAUUGCACGCUUUUUCUUUGGAUCUGCACAGCCGGUGAUGACGGCGUCCAGAGAUUUGCGCUGCACAGUACGUUCCCGCUGCACGCUAGAUUUAUGGAGGUCACCAGCUGUUCAGUGGAAGAUAAAUUCUCAGUGCAGCUUAUGACGGUGUUCAAUGGCUUUGUGUACCUUUCUAUUUGCCCCUGGAAGAAUUUCAGGGAUAAGUACAGAUCCCCUGAGUGGUUCAUGUCCUUCUCUCUGGAAACAGGGGAGCUGAACCAGCAUUUUAAGAACAGAAAGCGAAUUGGCUGCCCUGUCCAUCCCUAUUUGGCCUGGCCUCCUUUGGUAGACAACACGGAGGAUUCAGAAUAUGAAGUUAUUGGAAACAGUGUUGGAAGUGUUGGUCCUGAGAGCACAGAAAAGGAUUCAUCGUUUCUUAUAAAAACAUUACGAUCAUUCAAAGAAGCUUUGAUUAAGGAUGAUGACGCAAAUGUUGCUGAGAUUGAGGCCUUCUUACUUUGCAUUGAUGUCGAUGAUGAGAAGAACUCUCUUGUGAGGAAAAUCAUUGCUUUAGAUGAAUUAUUGAUAACCGUGAGAGAUCGUAUCUUGAGAGCAGGUGCAGACUCUGAAUUCUACAGACUGAGAGCAGGUGCAGAUUCUGAAUUCUGCAGACAGAAGACAGAAACAGAGAGCUGGUGGCAAAUGUGCAAGGGGAAGUUAUGGAGAGCUUUCUUCGGUAGCUGAAUAAGUCUAUCAGGAGUAAGGGCCUGUUUUGUUGGAGCCUUGAUAGAACUUGCCUGAUAAGUACCUGUGUGCGGUUUGCUUGGUGUCCUGAGUGCUUGGCUUGAGCUAGCAUGCCGUGCUGUUAUCCUGGUUGAGGCAGCUGGAGUUAGCAAGGAGUUUAGUCGUGGGUGUCUGCCGAUGCCAUCUAAAAAAUAGGUCUUAGAACUUCAUGUUUUCUCAGGCAAAAUUUGUAUGAAUAUCAGGCUACAUUCAGGCGAUACUGUUUGUCAGGCACAGAGCUCAGGGUAGCAACCACACAGGUAAGUGAGCUUUUGUUGAAAUGCGUUGGUACUCUAGUUUUUAGAUUCUAUGAUGACGAUGUGCUAAGUUUAAUGUAUGUUAGUUGAAACAGUGAUGAUUGUAACCAUAAUCAGUAUUCAGUAUGACUGGUUGGCAAGAGACCAAGUCUUCAGUUUCAUCUACUGGUGUGUCGUUUUA